CCCGAACAUUUUUCAAUCAAACCAACCACUGGACGGCUCAUCCUGCAACACAAAGACAACACUAAAUUUGUUGUCCACAAAAGAAAAAAGGAAGAAACCAAAACAACAACAACAAUGAUUCUUGUUAGUUUCAAAAGCUUUCCGAGAUGGCUUGCGGCAACUGCGGCCAUCUCUGCCUUUGCUCUCCCAACCACGGAAGCUUUCCAUCCGGUAUCCUUGCAAUCCACAACGGGAGUUUCUCACUCCUUGGGUGUCACUCCCGCUCCUUCCGUCAUGGUGGCCGGCGGGGCACGGCAACAUGCACAUAAUCGGCCAUUGACGGUGAUGUACCGGAUCCGCUGCGAAAACAAAUACUAUCAGCUGGAAGAACUGGAAGACGCCGAUAACUGCACCACGGAGCUCUUCCUGAAGGAAGACGGGACGAUGGACAUAAUGGAAACGGACGGGCCCAUCUUCAAGAAAGCAGUAGGCCACUGGGAAAUCAAGGAGAACCAAUUCGCCAUGACGAUUACCAAAACCUUUGUGACCGGAACCGACAACAAGAGCGACCCCACCGGCAUGGGUGAGUUUUCCUUUGACGUCGAGCGCGUCUUCGAGGGCGAGAUGACCGUGGUGGGCGGGACCGAGGUCGCCAUCAACGGCAAGAUUCUGGCCGAGGACGUUGUCACCUCCAAGAUGGAAAAGGAGGUCGGCUUUUUCAACAUGAUCGACGGGACCGAUCAGCGCCUGGAGCGCCGCCCGGACGCCCGGCCCAAAAACAUUGGCGUGAUUCCCUCUCCGAUCGAUUCGAACGACGUAAAGGGCCACGACGGGAUUCCAAAGGAGUGGCUGGAACCACAAGCACCACAGGUGCCACAAAUGGACGCCUUUGGAGGUGGAAGUUUUGGACAGGAUGCCCAGGGAUACGGUGGCGGUGGUGCUGGAUACGGGCAACAGCAGCAGCAGCAGGCUAGCGAUUGGGGGAGUGGUAGUGCCGGAUACGAACAGCAGCAGCAACAAAGCCCGGGGAUCUCCGAGUACGGAAACCCCGGCACCUUUGGACAGGAAUCACAGGGCUAUGGAGGUGGCGGUGGAUACGGACAAGGAGACAACGGAACGAACGAUCCCGGACCGUCCUUUGCGGAUUAUUACGGACAACAACAACAGCAGGAGCAGCAACAAGAAGGGUACUACGGCGAUGGUUCCCAGCAGCAGCAAACAGAAUACGAGCAAACCAAUGGCGACGGCAACACCGGUGGCAGCUGGGACGAUUACUACAACUCCCAGGGCGGUGCCGGCGUAUCGCCGAUGGGAGGCGGAGGGGGGCCCAACCCGUGGCCGUAAACCGAAUCCAUCCGACCCGGAUCGCGGUGUGGACGCAACGUGUUGUGCAGCGGGAUCGGAGCCCGCCGAGCGGUGCGGCAAUCGCACGCACAGCAAUCCGACGAAACCAAUAGCUACGACACAGAGCCAUAGAUAGUGUUAG